CUGGGAAUAUAAAAGCUAAUUGUGAGACAUGAGUGAGCUGUUGGGCCACAAUGACUGCAUGAAGAGCCUCCGGAAAGACCUGGUGGAUAUUCAGGGUGCGAUUAUGGACGUGGUUUCUAGAACCGGACCGAUCAGUUACACCUCCUGGAAGUUUCCCAACAAAUUGGCGAGCGAUCUGGAUUUGGUGGACCUGCUAGAGGAGUAUGACUUCGUCGAUGGAGAGGACGCAUACAAUCAGCACUCGCAUGUUGUUUUACUGGAGCUAGUGGUUGACAGACUCCUCUUCCUACUGCAAAGCGUCAGUGUUUAUACUGAGCUGCAGAGGGGAAGACAGGGAAGAGACCAAAUCCAUCAAAAAGGAUGCCUUUCAGUGGGCCUUGUGGUUAGGAACUACUGGGGUACUUUGCUUCAGUGUGUGAACAGAAAGGAGAACUCCAAAGACAUAAAACAGACAAAAACAAAGACAUUAGAUUACUCAAAGACAGAGUCAUAUGUGUCUUCCCCAACUAGCUCAAGCACUCACUUAUGCAGAAAUUGUUCAUCUGCUUCCUUUUCACCAACCUCACCCCAGAAAAGCGAACAUUCAGGUCCAACUCACAAUGCUCCAUUCUAUUCUAAAGCCAAACACCACAAUACUGCCUGUCAGACGACAACGUCAUCCCUCAUUCCCUGUGAAGCGUGUCAUAGAGUCCAGUCCCUUCUGAGAAACACAGGAGAUGCUUUGAUAGACCUUUUCCAGAGUGAGGGUCUACCCUCGUCUCUUAAGCGUCUCUCAGGCGCCAUGAAAGACACGGUGGGUCCGGGACAGAUGACGGCGGGUGAUGUCACCCAGUGGGCCCAAGAGCAACUCAGGGACAUGCGUUGCCUCGCAAAGCACCUUCAGGAUGUGCAGAGUACCAUCCGGCCUCUUCGAGAAGCCCUCGCAAAAGCGGAAACAGAUCGAAACGGGUUCAGUUCUCAGCUGGUAAGCGCGAAGAAGGAGUUCCAGCAGGAGGUGGAAAAACACCAGGUCUGCAUGGUCCAGCUGGAGUCUUCCCUACAGAAAGCAGAGAGGACCGCACGAGAAAGACAGCAAAGGCUACAAGAAGAACAAAAGCAAUCUAAAAGAGAAAUUUUGUCAUUGGAGGAGAGCAACACAAGACUCAAGGAGAAAGUAAAACUCCAGCAAGAAACGUUGGAAACACUCGUGGGUGAAAAAGAGGGACUUCAACAGAAAGUGGAAACACUACAAAGAGAGGAGGAGACCUGCUGUGAACUGCAGCAAAUGAUCCAGAAGCUCGAGACUCAGCUUAGUGACACGCGACUUCGUCUUGACAAGGAGAAGGCCAAGUAUCAGAGCGCUUUCCGUCAACAGGAGUCAAUGCAGGCCAAGCAGAAGUCCUUAUUAAAGAGAGUCGAUGCUCUUGACGAAGAGCGUGAAGAACUACAGAGGCAGUUGGAAGAAAAAGAAGAGGUACAGACCAACUUAGACAAUCAGCUGAAAACGAUAAUUGAUUUGAAGGAGCAGCAGCAGGCUGAACUCUCUCAGCAGCAGGACAUCUGUAGAGAGCUCCAAAAAGAGAAGCAAACUCUACAGACACGUGUAGAAGAGCUAGAAAAGCAUGUAGCCGAACUGAUGGAGCACGUGCAAGCAUUGAGGGAGAGAGAGAGACUCUUGGUGGCUUUUCCAGAGCUCAACAACUGGGCUCACAUUCAACCGCAAAGCACAGGAAACCUGAUUUUGGAUAUGGAGCAACAACAGCAAUCAAAUAACAUUCGCAUCAAAAUUCUGGAACAGGAAAAUUUUACUCUACACAAAAGCCUCGAGAAACUACGACAAAGAGGAAUGUUGAAUAUCACCAAAGAAGCUCCGUCUCAACCCACAUGAAGCCAGGAACAAAGUGAACCAGCUGUAAGCCUGAGCUUGUCAAGUCCAAGAAAUGAAAUCAACAAAAAUACUAAAAUAAAAUUUAAAAAAAUGCUUUUGA